UCGCCGGCCAUAAACCCUUAGCUGGUCCACGGCUUGUUUUUCAUGCCCACGGCCACAACCUGUUUGAUAAUAUUCCCAUGGCGAGAUUUAAUUUUAUUUCAGUUUGAAUCAUUAUUUUGAUUCAUUUACAGAUGGCAAAUCUAGCAACAAAGCUGAGCAAAUCUCUUCUUCCAUACAGUAAAAUUCUCCUUCAGUUUCGUACACUCUCUACCUCACAUACACCACUUGAAGAAACCCUCAAAGCAGCCGUUGAAUCCAAAUCCUACUUAAAAAUCCCUGACCUUUUCGACUCCUUUAAACAAUCUAACAACAACCCAAGUCCUUUUUCUUUCCUCUCUACCUUCCCUUUUAAUCUUAGGACUCAAGUCAUUGAUGAGAUCAUCCAAUCUUUGAUCCCCAUAAGACCCCGCUUUCGAAACUCUAUAGUUUAUAGCUCUCUUCUCUCAUAUACCCUUCAAAAUUCAAAUCUUUUCCCUCUUUCUCUUGCUAUAAUCCAAUGCACUCUUCGUUCUGGGUGCUUACCUGUGCCUCAAACACAUGUUUUUCUCUCUUCUGCUUGGCUUGAUCGCCGGCGUGAAGGUCAGUCAGUUGGUGACAUUCUAAUGGAAAUGAAGUCUAUUGGGUAUAAUCCUGAUUGUGGUUUGUGUAAUUAUAUUGUGUUGUCUUUAUGUAAUGUUGAUCAGUUGAUCGAGGCAGUGAAAGUCUUGAAGGGUAUGAAACAAGUGGGUUGUUUUCCUGAUUGGGAAAGUUAUGGGAUUGUUAUUGGUGCAAUGUGUGGAGUUAGAAAAUGUGACGAUGCAAUUAAGAUGAUGAAGGAAAUGGUGGUGAGAAUGCGCUUGUGUCCUCGGCAGGGAGUAGUGGUGAAAGUAUUGGCAGCGUUGAGGGCGAAUAGAGAGAUGAGGAAAGCUGGUGAAAUGAUUGAGUUCCUGGAGAAGGAAGGUUACGGUGUUGGGUUUGAAAGUUAUGAGUUGGUAGUUGAGGGAUGUUUGGAGUGUAAAGAUUUUUUUUUGGCCGCGAAAGUUGUGAUGGGAAUGACAGAGAAAGGGUUUAUACCUUAUAUCAAGGUGAGGCAAAAGGUGAUUGAGGGAUUGAUUGAUGUUGGUGAAUGGAAGCUUGCUUGUACUGUGAGAGAAAGAUUUGCAGCAUUAAGUUCAUAGUUUCUUUUUUGGUGUUUGAUACCGAGGCUUCUUAGAGAACUGAACUUGUGCAUCUUCGUGAUGGCUCAUAUAGACGUCAGUUUUUCUUUUUGUUAGCAGCACCAACAUUUUAUCAUCUCGAGACAGCUAAUCCAUGGCGGCCAUUCGGUCAUUCUCUCACAAAAUGGACACGAGGGUGUUGGAGUUGAAACUUACUGCAUCAUGAAGCAUCUUGUUAAGCUAACAUCCAUCAUGUUAUAAUUUGGAUCUGGCUGAUACACUUAAAGGACUUCCUACUACUUGACUGGAUAUCUGGGCUCAAUGGCAAUGCUACAGAUACCUUUCUUAUUUCCAGAACCACGUCUCAUCCUUAUAUAGGAUUCACCUCAGUCUCUGCCCCAAGAGUUUUUCACAAGCCAAUAUUUUCUACCCCUAGAUUCACCAUAACCAACUGCUGCCACUCCAUGGUUGAGUUGAUCCCCACAGGAGCCACUGAAGAGUACCACUGGAAUAGAGUUGAAAUUCAAAAUUACCAGCGUCAAUUGCAACAGAGACAGGUUGCUGGGCAACUGCAGCUUGUAGUCUAUUCUCAUUAUUGGCAGGUACUGCUUCAUAACCACUUAUUUUCACUGCAUGGUCCCUAGUUUUCUUUUUCUGACAGGUUCUGUCUUUUCCUUUGUAAGGGUAGUCAUUUUCGGUUGUGAUUCCACCAAUCCUUUUGAUGUAUUGAAAUGCUAUCUUCAUGUCUCCACCUUUGCAGCCCUGGGUAUCACUGCUAGCGUCACGUUCCAUGAGCUCAUGUUCUGACAGAGAUACUAAUUUUCCUGUCUUGAUUUUGUUGAUGCCUUCCACAGAUGCCACUGCAGAGAAUGCCCAACAACUUCCUGUGUUGGAAAGAAACUAGCAUCAGCUGUUCUUAUUGAAAAUGAUUUGAGAUAAGAACUGACAAUUAGCAAUUAAAUGAACUUGAAUGAGAGAAUCUCAUACCACAUUGACCUGGGUCCUUAAUAGGAGUCGCAGCACCUUGCUUCCUCCAAUCUACUGCAGCUGGCAACUCUGCUAUUUUUGCACCCCGCACCCAUUGUUUAUCUUUUUAGCUGUAUGUCUAUUACUCCGAAAACAUAGGUCGGUAAAUUUGAACUCUUCAUUUGUUAGGUCUGCAAAUUUGUUGUCAGUGAGCCUGAAGGAUAAGUUUUGAGAAUUGAUGUAGUCAAUGAACUGAACAUUAGAUUGGUAUAUUCCAAAACACAGUGACAUUCGUCUCUAGUCUCAUAUUCUCUGCCAUAUCGGGUCAGCCAGUCUUCAAACCUCUGCUCUAUAUCCCCUGGGUCAUAAAUUGGGGUCACCUUGUUUUCAGACGAUGAUACCCUUGAAGGUAUCCAUAGAAUGCACAAAACCAUUAGAAUCAAGCCACAGUUACUCAACGAUAUUGGUGCCCUCAUGGCUAGCUUAAGAUGUUGAUAGAGUAUAGGGGCUUAUAAAUGAAAAUGUAGACUGGGACAUGUAUGUUAUUAUUAUUAUUCAGAUUGGUUACCCAAUGAAGUCAAUAAUUUAUGGCAGUUCAUACC